AAACGACGAUCUCGAUCACCCCCAAUCGGUCCCCGUCACCACCACGUUUCGACGCCCUCUCACAAGAGCCCUGCUCAGAACACGCACGGAGGUCCCAAUUUGCCUUCGAAACCUGAUUGGGUUCGUCGUAAUGCAGGACGAGAAGCCGUGAAGCAAGAGGCGACAACAUCCGCUCCUGCUCCCGCUGCUCCAACCGCUCCAUCAGAGCCAGCCGCUUUCGUCCCCGUCAUUCCCCCGUACCAGCCAAAACCCAGUAUCACGGCUGAUAUUGAAGCCGAGAUUGCUCGUGUCCGCGCGCACCGUGCACACAUCGAGAACGAAUACAUUCAAAUUGCGAAGGAUACGCGUCGUGCGCUGAGCGACCUCAUGAUUGCGGACAUCGACUUGAAGAAUGCAGAGGCGCGGCGGGCAGUUUCUUCUGCGCAGCUCGAGAAGGCACGUCUCGGGAAACUAGGCAUUGACUUUAUU